AUGAGUGGAGUUCCAGUAGUCCGACAAAUCGAAAAUAAUGAGCCAUCAACCAGUCGAAUCGAGUUAUUGGCUGUCCAGCAAGAAAUCAUUUUAGUUCAAGCUCGAAAUCUAGAAAGCGAAAUUCAGAAAACGCAUGAAAAGGAUAUCUUGAAGGAACUGUUAGAAAUUAAUAGUCAUUUUGAGCAAUUAACCACAGCGUCAAAUGAGAUUUGUAAUCAGUGCCUCGUAAACAACGGAUACCCAGAAAUUCAGUAUGGUGUGCUUGGAAGUGUUGGAACAGGAAUUAGUACGAUGAAAACUGCAAAAGAAGACUUUGAGAGGAAAAAAGAGGACUUGAGAAAAAAAAUUAUCAGUUUGAUUUUUGGCAUAUUUGGGAAAGCGGUUAUAAUUUUAGCAACUCCUAAGAAAAUGAGAAAAUCAAAAUGGGCGGUGCUCAAUUGUCAUGUAGCGAAUGUCUUUUUAGGAUGUGUUGCCAGCGUCCUAGUGAGACCACUAAUCCAUUUUCCAUCAACCGCAUUUUUUGCAACUGGUUUAUUUUUACAAAUCGGAAUUCCUUUUAGAUUUUCUAUUAUUCUCGGACAGACUUCUUAUCCAAUGAUUUUUGGCCUUUUUGGGAUAGCGGUUAUAAUUUUAGCAACUCCUAAGGAAAUGAGAAAAUCAAAAUGGGCGGUGCUCAAUUGUCAUGUAGCGAGUGUCUUUUUAGGAUUUGUUGCCAGCGUCCUAGUGAGACCACUAAUCCAUUUUCCAUCAACCGCAAUUUUUGCAACUGGUUUAUUUUUACAAAUCGGAAUUCCUUUUAGAUUUUCUAUUAUUCUCGGACAGACUUCUUAUCCAAUUUAUGAAAUAUCAUUGGUAAUGCUAUUCGAAAACCAGUACGCUCAAAUUUGUGACAACCCAAAAAGAAUAAUGGGUUCGAAACUUCGAUUUCUAUUUUUCACAACUCACUAUCUAUUUUUCAUGAUCCUAUUCCUGUUACACCUCUCUAUUCCAGUGGAUAAUAUCUCCGCAAAAUUGGAGAUUCUAGAAAAUUUUCCAUGUCCAGAGCCAAAUUUUUUUCUGGACCAGACCCAUGUGAUGACUGUUAAUUUGUCUAGACAGGCCAAAAUGAGCGCUGCACAAUCAAUUUAUUUAUUCGCCUUGGCUUUCUCGUUUACCGUUUCCAGUGCAAUCUGUUUAUUACAGAAAAAUUCUGUAACUUCAGAAAAUACUCGAAAUUUACAGAAAAGAUUUUUAUUGGCCCUCAUUGUUCAGGUCUCAGUCCCGUUUUUAAUUUUAUUUCUUCCAUUUCUGAUCUACUGGAUUCUCAUGGCUUUUGGUAUCAGCUUUCAUGGUAAUUUUUUGUUUUUUAUUGUUCAAGGAACAAUUUCAGCCAUCAGCUCAUUCUUAUUCAUUUCUGUGGCUCUGCAUGGUGUUGUAUCAAGUAUACUUCUUAUAUUUCUACAUAAACCUUAUCGAAAUUUUACGAUGAGAAUUUUUUGGAGAAAUAAGAAAGUGCGAAGAAUUGUGGAAAUCAGGAGAAGAGGAAGUUUUUUACCGGAUGUUAAUUGA